AUUUUUAAGCUUUAUGUUUUUGGGCAGUUUGAGUUGUCGAGUUCCAUGUUCUGAGUGAGUUUCUGCGUUCGUGUGUCUCAUAUUCUGGGAGCGGGCUUGAGUGUGAAUAGGGAGAACAAGGGAUGAAGUCUUAUAAAUAAGGUAAAGCCAAGCCAAUGGAAUUUAGGAUUUCAGGAUGAAACUCACGGACUGAAAGGAAUUACGGAGGUGAAGAGCGUCUCACUUGUCUCUUGCAGGGUCAAGCUUAAGCUCAACACUUACAAACGGUAGGCUCAACACGUGUCUUACCGUACCGUACUGUGUCGUUCCUUCUUGUUUUCUUUUGCUUAUCAUUGUAGAGAGGCCCCUUCCUCCCUUGUUUUGACGUCUCCUCUUUUUCUACUUUACCUCUCCACCUUCAAUUUCGCUCUCGUCUCUCCAUCUUCUUCUUCAUUCAUUCACUCCUACAGUCGUUUUUUUCUUUUCCUACUUACAAUCACUUCCUAAGAUUCGUCAUUCUUUGAUUCUUCUUUUCAGUUCUACACACACUCUUUUCCUCUGAAUCCUAUUCAUUCUUGGAUAGCGGGUUGUUAAGCCCCGUCUUAUACAGCCAUUUUCUCAAAUCACUGACCUUUAAAACCACUAUUUGAGCUCGUUGUAGCAGCUCGUUCACUCUCUAACAACUCUCCAAACUACUAAAAUACGUACGGUUUUAUAAAAUAUUUAACAAAAUGUCGAUGAAACGUUUCUUCACUUCGGCGGUUGCCAUGGCGGCGGUUGUUGCUGCUGUUCCUGUUGCCCGUCCGCUCGAGAAGCGAGAACCCGUCACGACUAUUACUCUGACUUCGGCCUCUACCUACACCGCAACUAUCGCUCCUGCUACCCCUGUCACUCCUACAGGAACUGCAACUUACCCAGGAACUACAGCUCCUGUUCCUGAUAGCCCCAAGCCACCUAAGAACGGCAAGCCUGACGAUUCCUGUAGCUCCACAGGCACUUGCGGAUCUGGUAGCGGUGGCAGUUCAUCCGGUUCUAAGCUCCCUGGUGUCGCAUAUGCCCCCUACCGAGGCGAUCACCAGUGCAAAUCGAAGGACGAGAUCCAGCACGAUAUUACGCAGCUCGCAGCUGAUUUUUCAGUCCUUCGUAUCUAUGGCACCGACUGUGACCAGGUCGCCAAUGUCUACUCAUGCGCCAAGGGUAGCGGCUUGAAGCUGUUCCUCGGCAUCUGGAACAUUGACGACGUUCAAACUGAGGCCAAGACCAUCAUCAGUGCAAUUGACGACUGGGACGUCGUUGACACCAUCAGCGUUGGCAAUGAACUUGUCAACAACGGAGCUGCCAGUCCAGCAAAGGUCAUCGCCGCUGUCAAGCAGGCUCGUGAGAUCCUUCGUACCGCAGGCUACCAAGGCCCCGUUGUCACAGUUGAUACUUUUAUUGCUGCCAAUGCCAACCCUGAACUUUGCAACGAAAGUGACUACUGUGCUAUCAACGCUCACGCCUUCUUCGAUGCCAACACUUCUGCUGAUGAAGCUGGCCAGUGGCUCUCCAACACUGUUGAAGACCUUCGAUCCAAGAUUUCUGGCGACAAGCGCAUCGUCAUUUGCGAGACUGGCUGGCCUACCAAGGGAAACAGCAACGGCAAGGCUGUUCCAGGUAUGAGCCAACAGAAGGCUGCUCUUGACUCUAUCAAGCAGGCAUUCUCCAGCCACAUGGGAGACUUGAUCCUCUUCUCUGCCUUCAACGAUCCCUGGAAGAAGGCCGAAGCCGCAACUUUCAUGGCCGAGCAAUGGUGGGGUAUCGAAGGCCAGGACUCAGUUUCCAACAAGGACCCGUCGUCUUCUAACUAGGGAAUGGCUCCCCGAUUUGUCAUGUCAGUUAGACCUUCAAAUAUUUGAAUGGUUUGCGGUCACGUUUUACUCCGAGAUAACGCUCGACUUAUGUUUUUUCUAUGAUGUUUAAUGGUUUAUUGUUAUUGCUUAAGGGUUGUGGAUGCCGAUUAUCAGGUGGCCGUUGCAAGGCUGUACGAGCCUAUCAUCUUGGGAGGUAUGUUGGAGGUUUGUCUGCUUUUUCUCUUCAAGUUCCAAGUACCUCAUCACACCACCUCGCUUUAUGGCUACUCUUUUAGAGAUGAGAAAAGAAUUACACUUUGUAUUUGUUACUCGAAUUGAAAUAUCCGUUAUACAAUUUGAACUUGAAUUUAGCUUGAUGAUGAAGUAACAAUGAAUGAGUGACUUAAUCUCAGCAUAUCUGGCCCCUGCAACAUGACUUCAAGUUCAGAAUACGAUCGAGCUCAAGAAACAACGUUGCUGAAUUGCCUAAAUAAAUCAGAGAGUGUGAUUGCCUCCAAAUCCUCCGCCUCGCGUCGAUGACUUCGUUAAUCAUGAAAGACUAUACCCAUUGCACUCCUUGCUAGCCCAAUAAUUUGCUCCUAAUGCAUAAAGCAUAACAGAAUAUGAAUCUUUGUACCAUCGCAGUUAUUGGCCCAAGAGCUUUUCCCCUCAUCAAGCAGAAUCGAGUUCCACAGUUGCUGCAGUGCCGCUCGAGACCUCAGCCAACUUGUCUAAGGCUGGCAAAUGCAUAAAAAAACCUAAGAAAUAGUUUGCUCGCCAUGAAUGACAAGUAUAUUGUUAAAUAGAAUGUAACAACAAGGUUUGGGACGCAAUAUGGAGAGAGUGGUCGUUAGAUGUAGACCACUAGCGAUAUUAGGAUAAAGACCUAAUACAGCAGACGAGGAGACGAACACGCAAAAUCUUUGCUUCUGCGUAGGAAGGUAAAAAGAAAAAGAAAAUAAGGCAUCAGAUCUCACAUCGUCCAGAAGUCAUAGCAAGCUUAAGAUCAGUUACCUCAAAUGAUGGGGAUAUCUCAAAAAGUCCGUUCUGGGACCAAGAUCGUUAAACACGCACCCAUCAGGCUCCCAUCAAGCGGCCCUGCGUAUUUCAGCAGGAGGCGCGACGGGAUGAGUUUAGCAGAUCCAAAGUUCGUCAAGAAACUGGUCGAGUUCGAUGAUGCGGAAUCGGGAGCCGAUGCUCUGGUCCCUCAAAAGAGUAGUCCAAGUAGAAGAAAGACUGGCUUUCCAGGAAACAACCUCAACGCUCCAGCCCAUUUUCAGAGCGCGUUGGGCUUGUGUCAGGAAGCCGUCCGAAUACUUGGCCGGCCGAGCAUCACCAGUAGCGAUGACAAGCGUGCCGGGCUCCUCGAAAUACUGCAUAACAGACUCGCUGAUUCUAAUUUGGAGGGUUUCGUCAACCAUGUCUUCGACAUAACGGAAGCCGCCGGCUUCGAAUGUGUUGUGGUCAUCAGCACCAGAUUGCUCAGGACGACGACUGCGAAGGUCGACGCGGUAGCCAAGAUCCUUGAGUUCUUGGACAAAAGAAGGCUCGUUGCGGUUGGGACGCACAGAGCAGCCAACGUUGAGCCAUUCCGCGUAUCGAUCGCGAGCGAGAAGUUCGUGAAAGAAAGCAAGGUUCAUUUGUGGGAGUGGGACAAAGCGCGAAGACUCCGGCAAACCAAAUUUGGCUCUUAGGGCCUUUUGGAAACCAAUGAUGAUGUUGGACAUGUCGACAAAGACAUGAAUUCCAUUUUCUGCGAUGGUUGGAUAAUCUUUGCAGAUCAUAGAGUCUAUGACACGCUCAUGGACGAGCUUUCUCAUGAGGCCCUCAUGCUUGACCACCGUGGUCUGCACGCUACUGUGAAUCUCAGUAAGGGGGCCAUACUUGAAAUGCUGAUAUGAGAUGAUAUGUCUGACAUGGUCCGAUUGAAUGCCACCCAAGACCACUAUAUUGGGUUCAGAGCUAUCUCUGGAAUGCGAUUUGCCCUUGCCCGAAUUUGAACUUUUCUUGCUCUUUUUGGUUUCGUCAAAAUGCUUAAGCGGAGACUCGCUUGAGCUUGGUGGUGUUGAGGCAGCAGUUGAGUAAGACGUGGCAGGUAGCACAUCAGUGUCAGAACCGCAUCCAGCCUCUGAGUCGGUAAUGGGAUCGAAGUUGGGCCGGGUUGAUUGGAGGGGUUCAUUCUCCUCUUCUUCAAACAUGUCUUCCUUCAGAACAGUCUCCUUCUUAAUUCGAAGAGCCUUUCCAGUUCGCUUCUUGUGGAGUUCGCUUGCCAUCCCGUCAGAUUCAAUAUGGACCUCAAGGCUGUGGUCCGGUUGCCUUGAGGUGGCAAGACAUGCUUGCUCAUGGUUAUUUUCAUGGGAAUGUUUAGGCCCAACCGAGGAUCUGGGAAUACUGUCUGCACUGUUGGUGGAGUGCGGUACAGAAGGUCGCUUCAAUAUCGUGAUCGGCUGUACCUUUGAAGAAGCCAAUGGCUCUCGCUGCUGUUGGGAUGAUUCAUUGUCAUUGAUACGGAUUUGCUGGAAGAGCCGUUUGAAGUUUCCAAGGGACGGGGUUGAAUCGAAAGACUUUGCAUUCUUGGGGGAGGCCCAGUCCGUAAGGCUGUUCGAAUUCAGCUUGGUAAAGUCACCAAGCUUGAGUCUACCGUCAUGUGCAACAUUAUUUGCAGGCUUACUGCUACCCGGCGGCUCGUGAAGAGGAUCGUCUGUUGAGUUUGCCGUUGGAGAUGCCAUAAUAACCAUCAAGAGCGACUACGCACAUAGAUGCGAGUUGGUGGUUGUAGAUGAAGUUGGUGAGCUGCUCAACGCCAAUCCGAGACGUGAGAGUAUUGCUGAAGUGUUUUCCAAGUAUUGACCAACAGUGCCGGUAAAGUGAAUUAUCCAAAGUUGCAAUUGCAAUUUGCUAGGACCGUAGAAAAUGGUAAAGCCAAGAAGGUAUUGAGAAAGCGAUUUGCCACAACUGAGUAUCUAGAAUCGCCGCAGAAGCAAGACCCAGAAUGAGCUGAAACAAAAACGGACGUCGCGUAGUAUAACAGAAAAGGGAACUCGAAAUAGCCAAACACAGUCUGGGAUGAUUCAAAGGUCAAAUCCAAUGCGUCAGAUUUUGCCGCUUGAUGAAGCCGAGUGAGAUCAAGUGCGGAGAUCGAGCUACUAGAAUAUCAUGAGGUCACAAGAAGGGAGAAGUGUGAACCCAAUCAAGGCCGUGUUAAGUAGGAUACGGAUCAAAGACAGAGAACAAAGAAUAUAAUAAAGAAAAGUUGCGCAAAGACUCGAGUCAAGAACAAGGAUCCGAAUAUAGGGAACGAGGAAAUACGAACGUUAAACCAUUGACGAAGAAUGGAUGAGAUGAGAUGAAUGAUGAGUCAAUUCACCAUGAACUGAGGCUACCUAUGGAUGGCUUUCCG